GAAGUUCUUAACGAUCAUUUGCUGUGAACAGUUUUACUUAAAUUGAGAAAUGGAAGUGACAUCGAAAUUGUUUUUACUUUUUAUUUUUUCGUUUCAAUUUUAUAAUAUUAAUGGGCAAAACAGAAUUUUCGUGGAUAUCCUUGAAACAGAUAAAGAUUCAACUGAUAAUUCAACUAGAUAUUUAUGUGUUGGAACUAUUAUCACAUCACAAUACGCAUUGACUGCUGCAAGUUGCCUCGAGGUUGCGCCUUCAAGAUAUUUGUAUAUACGGUACACCUUGAUAUCAUCAGAUACAUUGACUUCUACUAGAGUAUUAUCUGUGAACGAAGUUUUUAUUCAUCCGAACUAUACUAUCGGUGGGAAUAAAGAAAAUAACAUCGCGGUGAUAAAAGCUCCUUUUGGUGAACUUUAUAACAAUGCAGAUCCACCUAGAACUCUAGGCGGGCUCACAACAAAUUCGUCUUGUAACUUAUACGGAUGGAAUUCUCUAAACGGUGAAUCCGAGUCUGUCACUAUUUAUGGACCUCAAUAUUGUAAUCAUGUCAAUCCAAAUGUUUUCUGUUCAACAUCACCAAACACUGCAGCAUGCAGUGCUAAAAUUGCUGCUUCAGUAAUGUGUGGUGCGGGUGUCAUGAUAGAUGGAUUCUUAAUAAGUGAAUCAGGUUGUGAAUCAAACGACAACCGAUUGUAUUACCACUCCGUCAGUGAAUAUGCCGAUUGGAUUAAUCAAGUCUUAUCAAGCUCUGGAAGAAAAUCCGAAUCAAUUUUUCUUAUCUUAUCGUUGACAUUGAUGACGUUGAUGUAUAAACACUGAAAUUUCUGAGAUUAAAUUUUAAGGUGUGAAGAAACAAAUUUAAGUUAUUAUUUAUUUUAUUCAUGAACAUUAACAAGAAUUUGAAUCA